AUGAUACCGCACGGUCGCGGUACGAUCGAAGCGGACUCUUUCGAUCCGCUCGGUGCACAUUUUCUGCUGCGCUGGGAGUUCUUGAUCCCCGGACUGGAGUUUUUCGUCGGCAAUUCCCGCCUGGAUAUUCCGAAGGAGUGCCGGGAGAAGAAGGUUGACAAGUUUGCCAAGAAGUACUUACCGUACAUAACGACCAGCACCAUCAACGGCCAAGAAUACCUUCAGAAGCACCUGCUGUCCUUCCUCUGGUCCUACGAAGGUGACACUCUCUUUUGGCCGGGUUUAGCAUCGUGCCGUUACGCGAAACCGGUGAUGGAGUGGUACGAAGCCAAUGGUGGUCACUCCGGUUUUUCCUGGACUCUGACGAUUCCGAUCAAUAAGGGACGUCGCCUGGGAGGAACUACGGUGAUGCGCCAUAGCCAUGAUGUAAUGCUUUCGGGCGGUUACGGGGAGGGCAAGGGCCAAGAGCUCAGGGAGUUCGACAUUGAUUUGGUUUUCAGACAGUCUUCUGAGGGUUUACGUAUAAUGGAGUUGCUCAGACAAGAAAAUUCAGUUAACAGCAAGCUUAUCAAGUCCAUCACAACCGUUCUAAGUGAUUACUUAGUGAGGAGAUUCGGAUAUCAUCCUAACGCGUACAACGUGUUGAAGUCCAGCAGUACAGCAAUCCCCCACGCCUUAUGGUUUUAUCCUCAUGGAAGAGGGCAGGGAAAACACAGUGGAAAGAUUCACUACCACAUUGAGUACAUGGUAAAAAAAUACAAGCAACAAGUUCAUCAACCAAGGCGUCUUGGCAACGUGGAUACUAUUGAUGGUGAUGAUAACAACAUGCUACAGGCUAGUGAAAUCCAAAACGAUUCUAUUGAAAGGCUGAAGUACAUUGUCCCAACUGACGCAUCUCUGGAAGUAAUUAAAAACGAUUGGGGACAAACGUUUGGCGCCAGGAAGAUCAUCAGAGAUAAUGGUGAUGAUGCAAAACUGGUUGACGAACUGCUUGAAGCUUUCCCUCUAAUGAUUGAGUUCAGCGGAUCUUUAGUAUAAUAGUUAAAACUAGCCGUUUCAUUCUAAUUACUUACAAAUUUUUCGGUUAUAGAUCUCAGUGGAUUUCGAAGUGAUGUUUCCUAAUGCUGGCGACUUCAA